AGAAAUUAUUAAAAAAACAUUUCAAAUAUGGUCUAAAUCUACAAACUAUAAAAUAAGUUAUUCUAAAUAUUCUAAUAAUUAUGCUUCAAAUCAAAAUAAUUUGAAACAUUUAUUACUCGUAUAAGAAAUUGUUAAAUUUUAAUUGAAUUAAGUAUAAUUUAAAAACUCAUAUCAAUUGAGUAGCAGCAACUCCAAAUAAAACCAUUAUGAGCCACACUAAAAUUGCAUAUCGUAUAUUGCCGGGACUUAAAUGGCUUAAGGGCUAUACAGGUCAAGAUGCGGUAUCGGAUUUGAUAGCUGGUAUAACUGUGGGCCUGACAGUGCUGCCUCAAGGUUUAGCUUAUGCCACUUUAGCUGGCCUGGAGCCACAAUAUGGUUUGUAUUCUGCAUUUAUGGGUGGCAUUGUUUAUGCAUUUUUGGGCAGCUGUCGCCAAGUGACAAUAGGUCCUACUGCUCUAUUGGCUUUAAUGACCAGUCGUCAUACAAGUUUUGGUUUAGAUUCUGGUCCCGCAUAUGCCAUAAUGUUGUGUUUAAUAUCGGGUAUUGUGGAGUUAUUAAUGGCUUUGUUAAGAUUGGGCGCUUUGGUGGAUUUGAUUUCGCUGCCCGUUACAGUAGGUUUUACUUCAGCCACAGCUGUUAUUAUAGGAACAUCUCAAUUAAAGGGUCUUUUGGGCCUGCGAGGAGGCUCUGGUUCCGGUUUUCUCAACACUAUGAAAUCAGUUUUUAUGAAUUUAGAUAAAAUACGAGUGGGCGAUUUUACACUGGGCGUAACUGCCAUUACCAUUCUAUUAUUAUUAAGGAAACUAAAAGACUUAAAAAUUUCCAAUGGCCAAACAUUCCUUAAAAGCUUUAUUUGGAUCAUUGCUACAGGUCGCAAUGCUUUAAUCGUUUUAAUUGCCAGCACAAUUGCUUACUACACUUGUGAUAGUAUGGAUACCUGCCCAUUUAUUUUAACGGGCACCGUUAAAUCAGGACUACCAGAUUUUCAAAUACCCAAAUUUGAAACGACAAUAUUAGGUGUAAACGGUACUGUGGUGAAGCAAAACUACAAAGAUAUGUUAGAGGAAUUGGGCCCCUCAAUGAUUGUAUUGCCAAUAAUUGCCGUGCUGGGUAAUGUGGCCAUUUCGAAAGCUUUUGGUGGAGCUGGUCUCUCGCCAACACGAGAACUUGUAGGUCUUUCCCUAAGUAAUAUAUUCGGCUCAUUCUUUUCGUCGAUACCUGUAACCGGAUCAUUUUCUCGCAGUGCUGUGAAUCAUGCCAGUGGUGUGAGGACACCUAUUGGUGGCUUCUAUACUAGUGCUUUGGUGCUAUUGGCUUUGGGCCUAUUGGCACCAUAUUUUCAAUAUAUACCCAAAGCCUCAUUAAGUGCUGUUAUUAUAUCGGCUGUUAUAUUUAUGAUUGAGUUUGAGGUAAUCAAACCUUUGUGGCGUUGUAGCCGCCGUGAGUUAUUACCCGGAGCCAUAACAUUUGUGAUAAGUUUGGCUGUGGGCGUAGAAAUUGGUUUGCUUUUGGGCGUGGGCACCGAUGUAGCAUUUCUGGUAUACAGAGUAGCGCGUCCUGUGCUUGCUGUUGAAAAAUUAAAGACUGCUCAUGGCAUUUCAUAUUUGUUGAUACGACCCAAACACAGUUCUUUGUAUUUUCCAGCUACCGAAUGGGUACGUACAGGCAUAUCAAAGGCCAUAAAUACCCAUGGCUCAGCACCUGUGAUAUUAGAUUGUUCAAAUGUUGAUGAUUUCGAUUUUACUGCUGCUCGUGGAAUUGGUUCGUUAAACAAAGAAUUGUCGAAUAUGCACGUACCUCUGUUUUUACUUAAGGCUUCUAAGGAAAUUUGUGUACUUUUAAAAGAAUCAACUAACGCUGAUAUACCAACGCUAGAACAUGCUGAUGAUUUGGAAACGUUAUUGGAACAAACACCUGAUUAUGAACCCUAUUUGCAAGUACUGGUACCACUUGUAAAUAACCAGAUGACAACUGCAGAACAAUUGGAACACAACAAAAAGAACUAAGGAAUCUAGGUUAAACAAUUUCAGACGUACAUUGAAAAUAUAUGAAAUUAAAAUAUUUAUACACUUUUACAUUUCUCCGUAAUUUCAACAAAUACCUAGAUGUCUACGGUGUAACAUAGCAAGCAGAUAAAUUUACUUAAAAGGUAACUUGACAUUAAUUUCAGUUCAAUGUCUACGGGUAAAAAUUACCAAAUAUUUGUACUCCAUAAGCAACUAAGCUCUAUUUGUGGAAAUUACGGGCAUUAGCUAUACAAAAUGCUGUUUUAAGUAUUUGUCUAUAAUCAAACGACUAACAUAAAUAUUUAUACAUACAUACAUACCUAUACUUAUUAGAAUAAUUGAUGUAAAACUAGACCCCACUAUAAUAUUAAAAU